CCGACUUCCGUUCUCUGGGUUUGCGCUCAACCUCCCUGUCAAGUAACAUCAUGGUUUCCCGUCCACUCUGACAACUGGGCCAACGUGGACUUCCCAUUUCUCGUUGACUGCGCGUCGAACGUAGCACGGAUCGAUGAACAAAGACGGUCGACACGACGGACGACGGCGCGGCGCCGGGCAGCACCGUCUGGGACCGAGAGUCGGGCAUGGAGGUGACGGGAGGGAGAGGUCUGGCAGCAACAGCUCGGGCUCCUCACAUGGAGGAGGCAAAAACAAAAACGCGACCAUUAAUGCGCUCAAGGCAUCUUUCCAGCGCUCCAACAGUCACGACAAAGUACGCAAGAUCGUCGCCGAAGAGGGCCGUGCUGCUCGGAACUUGAUUGCAUGGAGUGUCCCAUUGGAGAGUAAAGAGGAGGAAGGAAAGUCCAAAAGUCAUUCCACUGGUAGCUCAAGAGGUCAGAGGACGAACCAUUCAGGGCAGCAAAGAAAUAAGAAGCAGAAUACAGGUGUGGAGAGUAAAAGCACAGCUGGUGCCUUGUUGGACAAGGCGACGGAGAAGAGCCCUGUCAAAGCUCGGCAGCCUCGCAAAGUGGACCUUCGAGCUCGCUACUGGGCCUUCCUGUUUGACAACCUGCGGCGUGCCGUGGAUGAGAUCUACGUCACCUGCGAGUCCGAUCAAAGUGUCGUAGAAUGCAAGGAAGUGUUGAUGAUGUUGGACAACUAUGUGCGGGACUUCAAAGCCCUCAUAGACUGGAUCCAGCUUCAGGAGAAGCUAGAGAAAACUGAUGCUCAGAACAGGCCUACCUCUUUGGCCUGGGAAUUGCGUAAGAUGUCACCUGGACGUCAUGUGGUCCCAAGCGCCUCAGCAGAGAGAAUGGUUUCCUCCCCAGGUGCACGGCGCGCCCUUAACUUUGGUGGUGCUCCACCCGCCCUAGCUGCAGCCCGCCUAUCCCUUACGGGCCCCAGUUGGGCAGACCGAGUGAAGUGUACUCAAUCUGCCCAAAGUUCUAGUCAUCUGAUGACCUCUCAAGUGGAAAAGCCAAGUAAAAAGGAUGCAGAAGGCUGGGAAACUGUUCAGCGAGGACGUGCGGCUAAGCCUCGCUCCGCCACAAUGAUUGCCAAGGUCAGUCCAGUCUUGGCCACUCAUGUCACUCCUAAGCAAGACAGUACCAGACAUCAUUCAGUUGUGGCGCCACAAGCAGAGCCACCUAUCUCCCCCCAGUGCCCCACUCAUGUGGAUGCAACCGAGUUGGACUCCGACAACAAAGUCCCUACACGCCAGGAUCCCCCUGAGUUGGUUAAAAAUCCUGUAAGCGGAGAUACAAUUGAGCCCCCAGCAGAGAAUGCACCAGACUCGGGGCUUUGUGUGGACACAACCUGUGACGACGCAUCUCCCUCUAUAGCUGAUCUCACCCCUUCCCAAGCCCCAGAGCCCACCCUCUGUUCAGCUGCAACCCCACCAGCAGACACGACCUUAUCAGUCCCACUCCCUGCCCUUGCCCGCGCCUCAUCCCUAGAGCGAUCCCAGAUGGAUGGGCUCAGUGGACCGUCAGCCUUGGGGGACGGUGUGGCUGAGGGGGUUGCGUCGCAAGGCAUGGCCACAUCUGCUCCACGACAGGCUGAGACUCCCAUGGCAGCGAUGAAACUGGAGAGUGUGCUGGACCCCACAGAGUUUUCCACUCCUCAGUCCAUGGCAGAGGUCCUGGCUAAGAAAGAGGAGCUCGCUGACAGACUGGAGAAGGCCAACGAGGAAGCAAUCGCCAGUGCUAUUGCAGAAGAAGAGCAACUGACCAGAGAGAUUCAAGCAGAGAACAACGAUCUGGAGACCGACAACGAAAAUGACUUCCCGCCUGGCAUGACUGAUGGAGGAUGUGGACCCAUAAUGGAGUGGAGUGAGGUGUUGGCAGAUUAUGAUGCAAGGGAGGCAUGGCGUCAGAAUACCUCAUGGGGCGACAUGGUGGAGGAAGAGCCUGCUAGACCGCCUGGACAUGGGAUCCACAUGCAUGAAAAACUGUCCUCACCGUCACGCAAAAGGACUAUUGCCGAAUCAAAGAAAAAACAUGAAGAGAAACAGCUCAAGGCUCAGCAGCUCCGGGACAAAUUGCGAGAGGAAAAGACGCUGAAACUGCAGAAGCUCUUGGAGAGGGAAAAGGAGGUAAGGAAAUGGAAGGAGGAGUUGUUGGAGCAACGGAGGAAGAUGAUGGAGGAAAAGCUCUUGCAUGCAGAGUUAAAACGAGAGCUGCAACUCCAGGCCAUUGUGAAAAAGGCUCAAGAGGAGGAGGCCAAGGUAAACGAAAUAGCAUUCAUCAAUACUCUUGAAGCACAGAACAAGAGACAUGAUGCCUUGGCAAAAUUAAAUGAAUAUGAGCAAAGGCUCAAUGAGCUCCAAGAGGAUCGGCAGAGGAGACAGGAAGAGAAGCAAGCCAGAGAUGAAGCUGUGCAGGAACGUAAACGAGCACUUGAAGCUGAGCGACAGGCACGCGUGGAGGAGCUGUUGAUGCGGCGCAAGGAACAGGAGGCUCGUAUUGAACAGCAGCGGCAGGAAAAAGAGAAAGCAAGAGAAGAUGCAGCACGGGAGAGAGCUAGAGACCGAGAAGAACGUCUGGCUGCUCUGAGUGCAGCUCAACAGGAGGCCAUGGAAGAGUUGCAGAAGAAAAUCCAAAUGAAGCAUGACGAGAGCAGCCGCAGGCAUAUGGAGCAAAUGGAGCAGAGGAAGGAGAAGGCGGCUGAGCUCAGCAGCGGCCGGCACGCGAACACAGACUACGCCCCCAAGCUCACGCCGUAUGAACGCAAGAAGCAGUGCUCACUCUGCGCUGUUGUGAUCACCUCGGAGGUGCACCUGUUCAGCCACACCAAGGGGAAGAGGCACCAACAGGCCGUGCGAGAAAGUAGCAGCAUCCAGGGACGGGAGCUUUCCGACGAGGAAGUGGAGCACCUUUCCUUGAAGAAAUACAUAGUGGACAUUGUGGCCGACAGUUCGGUUUCCUCUGAAAGUGUAAAGGAUAGCGAGGAGAGGCAAAAGGCCCGCAAGAAGGCGAAGAAGCUUCGUGCCAGGAUGAACUCCAGAGCAAAGCAAUACGAGACGUCAGUUGAUGUAAAGACGCAAGUUCCUGACUCCCCGUACAAGGCCAAGUUACAGCGCCUUGUGAAGGACCUUUUAAAACAGCUGCAGACCCAAGACACCGGCCAGUGGGCCAACAACAAAGUGUCCAGUCUGGAUCGAACUCUGGGAGAGAUUGUUCGCAUCUUGGAGAAACAGAACACCGCAGACCAAGUAGCCUUCCAAGUGGGCGGCGGCCUAUCAGCUCUGGAGCAAAUUCUCCAGGUUGUCACUGCUGCUUCCUCACCUACAACCCUUCCCCGUAUUCCUUACAAGUCUCUUUGUGUUGCUGUGAAUACCUACUACUAUACAUGCUCCUGCUGUCCCCUCAACUGCUCCUAUGUGCUGUUCAGCAACAAGAUCGCACUCCUCAUGGACUUGUUGCUGCACCAGCUCACGCUUUAUGUCCCAGAUGAGGACAAGUCGAUCUUUGGGCGGACUGUUAACAAGCAAGUGUUUGAGGGCUUUACUACCGGCCUAUUGCAGACCACUGCUACCAUCUUGGGGUGCCUUUCGCCGCUGACUUCCGAGUCAGAAAAAGGGGAAAACACAUUGAUUUCUUUGCCGGACACCAAGGUCAAGAACUGUGCCACAGAAUCUUUCAAUACUCGCUCACAAGACCUAAUCAGCUAUGUGGUCAACAUGGGUUUGAUUGACAAGAUGUAUGGGUGCUACCUGUCCAUCCAAAGCCCUGUGGAUGAGCACCCCAAGAUGUCUGCUUUUCUCCAGCAAGCCUCAGCUUUUUUGUACAGCAUGUGUAAGCUCUGCUUUGUCGUAACUGGACGUGGAUCCAGUAUAUUUGACAACAAACGACAGGACCCAACUGGGUUGACAGCGCUCCUGCAGUCCACAGACCUGGUGGGAGUGGUGCACACGCUGUACUCCAUCCUGCUGCACAGCUUCUCACCAGAGUCUUCGUCUCAAAGCCAGGAACCUUACAGCCUUGGGGUCAUCCAGGUGGCUUUGCAAGGCAUUCGCUUCCUCAACAGUUUUGCUCUGCUUGACCUCUCUGCCUUUCAGACUGUUCUAGGAGCCGAGGGCCUGUCACUCGCUUUCCGCCACAUCGUAAGCUCACUGCUGUGGUACUGUACGCAGCAUUCUGCCGAAGAGCUCCUCCAUGAAGUCAUCAUCUGUGUCGGAUACUUCACCGUUAAUCACCCGGACAACCAGGUGAUCGUGCAGUCUGGCCGCCAGCCCAGCGUGCUGCAGAAACUUUGUCAGCUGCCCUUCCCGUAUUUCAGCCACCCGCGCCUCAUCCGCGUGCUCUUCCCCUCGCUCAUCUCCGCCUGCUACAACAACGGCCCCAACAAAGUCAUCCUGCAGCAGGAGAUGAGCUGCGUGCUACUCGCCACCUUCAUUCAGGAUUGUGCUGCAAGUGAGAAACAUGAAAGUAAAACAAAGCAAAGCGCGCUCCAACAGUUGGAUUACUACGAGUUGCCCAACCGCUUCCCUCGAGAUCAGUGGGAUUCCGCCUUGCAGUUUUUCCUUAAAAAGCACGACGAAUGACGAAUGACCGAGAGACACUAUUCAACAAAGAUUAAAAAAAAAAAAAAUUGUUGACUCCCCUGACUUGGGGCUGAUUUUAAAAACCAUUCAACUAUAUAAAAAAAAAAAACAAAAAAAAAAAAGUGUAUUCCUUAUUUAACAAUGAUCCACCCGCUGGAAAAGCAAACUGAUAUCAAUGAAGUAUUUGCACCACACAUCUUGUCUGUAUAUUGCAACAAAAGUUUUUUGGUCUAUUCUGGAGAGGAAACAAUUUAUUCAGUUCCCUAUUUUGUACUCAUGCUACUAUUUUGAAAUUUUUCAGAAUGUAUUUCCGUCUUACAUCUUUCAGUUGCAUUACCAAGAAGACAAAACAGUAAUCAGUUUGUGAACGGACAGAAUAAAUAUUUAUGUUAAUGUAUCUUUUGUUAAUUUAUAAUUAUAAUGUGUACAAAUGUACAUAAAAUUUGGGGUGGGGAUUGCUCGUUUUUAAGGUUUUGUUUGUUUCAAUCACCAUUAACAUCAAAUAGUGGUGAGUUUUGUCAGUAGCUUGUGGUUUCAUUUACAUACUGUAAAUCAUUUACAUUUAAUCAUUGUGGCUGAUAACGUUUACUUUGAAUUAAAAAGAAAAUGUUAAAAAUGAA